GGUACUUAAUCUUUAAUAACCGUUUACGAUUUCGUUUUAAAUUAAAUUCUUUUGACAAUGGUGUACGUUUGGCAUUUCAUAUUUUUAAGUGCUUUCACAAACCUUCCAUGUUUGGGACAAGAUUCGAUUGAUGCAUCAUAUGACCAUACAGAAUUCUCCACAACUAACCUAGACGAAACUCUAGAAGAUACAACUCCAAAUGGAAGAAGAUACUGGCUGGCAUCAGCAUUAGAUGAAAAACCAAUCAAUGAAAACGACGAGGAAAAGGAUGAAAACUUAAAACUCAAAAUAACCACGCUCGUGGAACAAACAAUAUACGAUACAGAACAAAAAAUAAAUAGUGUAAAACCUUUAAAAGACCAACAUAGAGAGCAAGCGCCUUACAAAGCAGGCUUCAUAUUAAGUCUAAUAAAGAAAUCGAAAGACGUUUUAAAUGAGCUAUUCAACGUCGCUAUAAGGCACAAAAAUGAUUGGAAGGCACUUGAACAGUUAAAAGUGUUUGAAUUGAUAGUUCAUACAAAUGUCGAUACUACGAAUCUGGUCAGACAGCUGGUUGAGAUACAUAUUCAACACAUGAAUGCUACUAAUACAGGCGAAAAUAGAAAAAGAGUAGUGUUAUUGAAGUAAUAAUAUUAUGUUAAAUGUAUGUAUGUAAUGAAU